AGUGAAAGAGAAAAGUGAGUGAGAGAGAAGAGAGAAGCCAUGGAGGGUGGAGAAGAAGGAGUAGAGAUGUUGGUUGACUCUCACUCGAAGGACUUGCAGCAACAGAGCAAAGCCUUCGACAAACUCACCGAUCGCGUCGAAGAUCGCCAACUCGAUUCCACUCGCGUCCAAGAAGCCAUGGCUUCCAUCGCUGCUUCUGCCGAAGCUGAUCGCAACGCCAUGCGCAUCAGAGAGAAAGAAUUAGCUGCUGUUAAGAUAAAUGCAGCAGAUGUUGAUAUAAUCGCAAAUGAAUUAGAGUUGGACAAAAAGGUUGCUGAACAAACCUUGCGUGAGCAUAAAGGUGAUGCAGUUGCUGCCAUUCGACAUUUGCUUCACUAAAAUAAUGGGAGUGAAGAAGGGUCAAUCCAACAAAAUGAUACGUAUCAGCCUAUUAUAUACUUUGCAUUGAAAUUGAAUCUCAAAAAUAUACUGACCUAAAUUAUUCAGAAAUCUGAACUGUGUUAUUGACAUUGAAUUUACCUCCUGUGCCCCUAAACUUCUUUGCCACAAAAUGUACUUAUUAUCUAAUGGAGGAGUUAAGUGCUUGCCUGUUGAACAUAUAGUUUGUCAUACUCAAGCCCAGCAUGUAAUAGUUACAAUUCAGAUUUAAAUUUAUGCUUUUUUCAUGCUCUUCU